GGCCGUGCAUAACGUCAUCGCAGUUAUCGCAAGUUCCACUGUGUACGGAAAAAUAUGAUUAAUUUCCUACUCGUGUGUCCGAAAAACCGACCGCAACCUGCACCUUGCCCGCAUUUUCGCUUCUAGCCAUUGUGUUGUUCUAUUGUUUUGCUUGCCAUACACCAACGCAACCACUAAAGCUUCCAAGCGCAACAGGUUCCGUUUUCUUGAUCAAUAGAAGCUAGCAGCAGCUCGUUUGGACAGUCCGUCAGUGUCGCUUGCGUAAGGGUGUGGUGGUAGUGGUGUGUCGCCGAGAGAUAAUGCGCAUCGGCGCAAGUGGCGGGAUGUUCGACUAAUAUCAUGUGUUUACCCGUUUACUGUGCGCGUUUCUGAAUCGUUUGUUUUGUUUUGUUUUUUACUUGCUCUGUUUGUUGCACUGUUUUAGAAACGUUCGAUCCCGAUGGCCGACUUUGAUUUACCGCGAAUGCGUUCGCUCGCACCGGAGCAGGACCCCGCCGUGCCGAUUGCGUACGAGCACCGGCGAUCACCCCCCAUGGUCACCCACCACCAGGUAAAUGUUACUUAGCCGUACCGAACGUUUUCCUCUUGGCGAUGGGAAACGACACCACCAUCGCUAAUUCCAUCCCGAUUCCAUGUAGCAAAUCAUUAUGUAAACACAUACUAAACCACCGCUCUAGCUCUUAGCCCCAUACAUCGACUUCCGCAUCGCCAUCAUGUACUGUGCCACCGCAAAACGAUAUUAAAAGUAAAUAAACCAACAUUUAACAUUGCAAACUCUAAUCAAUCUAUCAUGUUCAUUUCUCUCAUCUGAACUCCUCUCAUCUUCACACUAAUAAUCGAGUUACGAGUGGAGUCCAUGUUAUCAGUGGAGGGUGUGAUUUGGUUGGUGAAAAAAAUGUAUCGUUCUCAGUAACACCGCAAACAUCCGGUUGUGGGGGCUUUCGUCGAUUCGAUUAGGAGCAAAUCCCGCCCUUGAAACAUGCGAAGAAGCGAGGAAAAAGAACGCAUGCUGGGUAAAAGGGGGAUAAUGGCUUCACGAUCUGCAGACCGACCAAUCUCAUCGUUCACGGUGGAUGAUCAUCACGCUCAUCAUACACUUGGUGGAAAAAAGGGCGACAUACAAAAAAAAAGACUAACUGUUCGUCUGCUGGCAAUAAUUCUGGGCUUGUGCAUUGUGCCAUUAUGUGUUAGCGAAGCAUAAACAGACGCACAAAAACACAACAUCCAAUGUUCCCAUACGGAACACAAACAGUUUUGUGGUGUUUUGGAUAGCUUUCGGGUGUCAUCAGCAAUUUUGGUUUUUCUGUCCAGCGUCUCACGAAUGGCUUCAACCCGUUUUCAUGCUGCUUUCCCAUCGCUUUGCUAAUGCGCACAAGUUACAGUGACGGGAAAUUAGUUACACAGCACCAUCAUCUAACUUCCACAGAAAUGCACGCAAUUUGUUUUCAUGGAAUCGGCAGCCUAGAAUAAAAUGUCUCAAUGUGCUCGUUUGCAUCACCUGUUGCCUUUCGUCCGCUACCGGUACGUCACGUUUGACAGUAAAUGACCGGUUUUGUUUACCGAUUGAAACGCUCGCUCUUGCCUGUUAGCGAUUUUAGAUAAUUGUUUUCGUAUUUUUACUAAUUCUGAGCAAUUUUCUGAAUAUUACUGAACCACAAAUAGUGAAAAUAAUAAGCAAAUCUAUAUGAUUUGCUGGCACGACCACUGUCGGUUAGCAACUGUCAUAUCAGCGAUUCUUUUUUUCAAGAACGCUCCAGCCAGUAUUUGUGCAACCCGUUGCCACACAGUCCAAAAACCGCAAAAGCUGAUGCAAUACACAGCACCCGUUCUAGAACAAUCGCGUCUAGUUUGUUUGUUUGCGGUUUAUGCCAAUGUCUCUGCCGUUUCAUAAAAGUUGCGUAUAUUGCGUGCCCAUCCCUUACAACAGUAUUAGCAGCGCAGUUUGUACGCGCAAAUGCUUCCUCAGACACACGGGUCCCCGAGGCGUCGACCGCAGUGCCGGACGAGCGGUGGUAAACGCACGGCCCGAUUGCGUACAGUCUAUUCCCGAGAUACGCGGUUUGUGCGUUCUCGAGGAAUCCGCGUAAGUCGAAAUCGCGGAUUUAAUACGAUUCGUGCAGAAUAUUCAGAUAUUUUUCAUUUGUAAGUGCAUUAAAUUUAUUAGCAAAAAUGAAAUGUAAACUGCAUUCGACAAUUCUUGAAUCAAAUUGUACUGAUUUGACAUCCGAAUCCACGCAAGUCGAGAACCGCGUAACUUGCGAACAGACUGUACUGCUGUGAUGUAUGCGGCGUAAAGUUGUGUGCGAGAUGAUAGGUUCGUCGUAUGAUAAUUACGAUUUCACCACACAAACGCGGCUCCCCCUCACCCGUUUUCGGCCCAUGGUAGCGGCAGCAGCAGACAGACUGACACAGACUACCGCUCCGUCGCGCAGUGCGACUGUAUUUUUGCUUUGAAUCUUUGUUUCCAAAUAAAACCCCCCAUCCCCAAGGCAUCCAAGAUCGGCUUUGGUCAGCACGGGUGGCCACAACAUUCUGCUCCGAGCAGAGUCCUACAGGGGCCCACCACAGAAGUGUCGUCGGUCGGUCGCGGCUUCACAACGUUACGUACACGGGUGUCGCGGUUGAAUUACUCACGCAAACACCACGGCACACAGCGAGCGAUCGAACGUUCCGUGCGGUUCCGUUUGUUCCGCUGUACGCGUAUGUGUGUGUGAAUGCGUGCGUGCGUGCGUGUGAGUGAGUUGUGUUGUGUUGGGGAGUGCAGCGAAAAAGUUUCACUGUGUACUGUAUUUUCCUUUCUUCGCGAGUGGGGCUGCGCUGUUUGUGCAAAUCAUACUCGCAUUAAAGCGGGGCGACUCGACGGAAGAAGACAGAUUAGUGCGCUCCACAUAACGCACACGCAAUUCGGCAGCCCGCGAGCCCGACUAGACACCCCGCGGUGUGUGUGUGUGUGUUUGUGCGGUCAUUUUAUUUCGGAUUCCGCCUGUUUUUGCGUGCGUAAAUAGUGUCGCGCUGCUGGUUGCUGCCAGCUAGGAAGUGAGCGAUCGGUGCAAGGUGCAUAAUUAAACUUGCUGAUAAAGGGAAGUCGAACGUCUCGGCGUGUGUGUGUGUGUGUGCGCGCGCGGGGCAGUGAAGACGGAUCGAACUUGUGCGUUUGCGAGUGUGCGGCGGUACUGUUGUUUUUUUUUCCUUCUGUGCAAAGUAGUGGUGAAUCAUACACAGCCAGAGCACACAGCAAACUAUACACGUACACGUACACGUACACCCCGGGGAAGUGUGCGAGAGGGUACGGUUGUGUUGUGUCCGGCUGGCUGGCUCGCGGUGGCCUACCACGACAGCGGUACGCGGAACAAAAGUGGGCUUCGUAAAGAGCGAAUUCAUUAACCGGUUCGUUUGCUGAUGUAAAGCGACGAACCUCUUGCGGCGCGGCUCUUGACGACGACGCGUAACAAAAAGUAGGGUUUGAAAGAAAGAAAAACAAUCUGCCGUGUGCGUGUGUGCAUCAGGUGCGUAGCAAGUAUAUCGCCCCUUGUGUGCGUCAGUGUGUCUGUGCGUGGUGUGGCGAAAGCGAUUUCAUCAGUGAAGUGUGCCGUGUUGACAUACAAAUUAAGCAAAAGCUAACAGUUGUCUCGAAGGGCAAAAGAAGAAGAAGAAGAAGUAGGGGAAGCAAAUACGUCAUCUCACUGGAGCCCCCAGCAGCAGCCUCGCAGACCUUCAUCUCGUUUCGCAAGGAUCGGUCGUAACGUGCGGUGCGUUGUGUGCGGUGUUCGAUGUAUGUGGUAGCAAGACGCGUCUUGCCAGCAGCAUCACCGCCACCACCACUGCCACCGCCACCGCCACCAACAUUAUUGCUGACGGCCGGCAAUUAUGCUCUCCACCAAGAAGCUCUUCACCGAGCACCUGCUGACGCUGGUGCUCACGCUCAGCCUGCUGCGCAUCGAUCCGGAGAACUACCUCGACCUGCAAUGGGGCGGCCGGUUGGCGCGGGUCGGCGACGCCGGCGGCUGGCAGCUGGAGCUGCUCGCGGCCGGACCGGACUACUCCAACCAGUCGUACGUGAACCGUAAGUUUCUGCCACCGAUCAUCGAGGAUCUGUCCCGGUUCGAGCGGCCGUUCAUCGAGCAGAACCAUCGCGGGCUGCAGACGUACCUGCUGAACGUGCUGGAUGCGAACGACGACGGCGCGUCGGCCGGCACGCUGGCCGAGGAGCGGCCCCCUUCACCAGUGCCGGCGGUUGCUUCCGGAGGGGGUAGCGGCGUUGGCGUGGGAACGGUACUGCCAGCCGCCCACAACGCCACCAUGCACGCGCUGACGAACCUGGACGUGGACGCCGAGGACAUCUUCCUGAGCGCGGACCUGUUCGAGGAAACGACCUCGGUGCUGGAGCAGAACAUGGCCGACCUGAGCGAGUACGAUACGAUCUUGCUGGAGCAUCCCACCGUCAAGUUUGACGCCGGUGCCGCUAGCCUGCCCGACCUGGAGGGAACCAUCGCAAGGGCACGGACCCUGAUGAACGAGGCGAGCAAGAAGUUCGAGGUGAAGCGGGAGGAGGAGAAGCAGGAGGAUCAGGCCACGACCAGCAGCUCGGCGACCGGUGCUACUCCGACGGAAGGCUCGGGAGCGGUCCGAGCGAACAAGACGCGCGCCUACGAAGACGACGACGACGACGAGGACUCGGAGGAUGAGCGGGACAUCAAGGAGGCGGUGCAACGGCAGAUCAACACGCAGCAGAAGCAUCUAGUGUGCACCGAUUUGGAUACCGCCGAGGUGACGGUGAAAACGGAGCCGGUGGAAACGAAUGACACGACAGUGCAGGAGUCCUCAACUGCUGCUGCUGCUGCUGCGGCUCAGGAUCUUACACAGGAGGAAAUGGAUCUAAUCGAAGUGCUCUGGAAGCAGGAUGUCGAUCUUGGCUUUACGCUCGCGAAUGCGGGCCUUUCCAACGCACCGGAAGGGUCCAGCUCAACGUCAGCGGACACAGCAUCUGCCACCGGCAUAAAGUGCGACACCGAGGACGAUUUGGAAAAGUUGAAGGUUUUGCUGGAGAUAAAAAAUGAUAAGAAUGCCGACUACGAAAAGAACCCCAAUGCAGCGGACGAGAGCAGUCUGGUCGAUCCUUGGGCAGGACUGUCCUACACAAUCGAUACGGAAACAGGCGAGUACGUGCUGAACAGCUCGGACAUAGAUAACAGCUUGCCACCACCGUUGGCGGAUCUGUUCCUGGAGGAAGGCCUAACGCUACCGGACCUUGGCGAAACAGUGGUUGACACCAUUGCCGAAAUCAAGCCUGACGACAGUGAGAGCGAUCUGUCCGGACCGCCAGUCCAGGAGGAGCAGGAAAUUGCCGAGGUAAAGCGCAUCGAACAGGAGCUGCAGCAGGUGUCGGUGGGCGAGAUUUGUCUCGGUGGUGGCAGUCGUGCUUCCGGCUCGUCGAGUGCCGAUCAGAACAGCAACUGCGAAGAUACCGGCGAGAUCCUCGACACGGAAACCGAUUCCGCAGCCGCAGCGAACACGACGUCGUCCGACGCCGAAGGUCUCGAGGCCGAGCCGGUGACCGAUGAUCUAGAGGAUCUGCUCUGCGACAUGAUGAUACAAACGUCGUCCCACUUUCAACACACGCGCCAGAACACGCAAGGCUACGGCCAUGGCGCCAUGGGCAGCUUCCGACAAACGGCGACCGGUGGCGCUGGUUACCAUCACCAUCACCAUCAUCACCACCACCAUCAUCAGUCCCGUGUGCCGCUGAGUCGAGCUGUUUCGAUGGAACAACGCUGGCAGGAUCUGGCCAAUUUGCUGAGCUUUCCACCCGGCAUGGGGGUGGGCAUGGGUGUCGCCGAUAUGCCACCAUCCCAUCCGUCCCACGCGCACUACCCGUCACACUAUCCCUCGUAUCAGCCGAGUGGAGGCAUUGCCGGCCCGCAGCACGGCCAGUACCAUCAUCCGCCGCAUGCCGCCGUACUGCAGAAUGCAUCGCUGGCCGACAUUUCGCCGGCCCAGCCGCACUACGGGGCGAACCUCGGUUCGGCCGUCGCUACCAGCAUGCAUCUGACCAACUCCACGUCCGAGACGGAUGCUGGCACGUCCGGGUACAAAAUGGAUCCCGAGAUGAUGUACUACUCGAACACAUCGUCGGAAAUGAACCACACCGAUGGCUUUUUGAAUUCCAUUCUGAACGACGAAGAUUUGCAGCUGAUGGAUAUCGCCGUCAACGAAGGUAUGUACACGAUGCGCAUGCUGGAGCACAAUGGCACAACCGGCAGCGGCGGAAACAACGCAUCCGGGGGCGGAGGUAUGCUGGGUGUGUCGGCGUCCGCCGCCUCCAACCUGGUCAACCACGGCGGUGUCCAUCCGCACUCCCACCACCACCACCAUCUGUCACUGAUGUCGUCGGCGAGCGGUGGCGCCGGUCUGCAGAAUGCCAUGAACGUCAGCGCCCUAGUCAACGGAUCGUCGUCCGCGUCGUCCGCCUCGUCCGGAGCGUCGUCCGGCGGUGGGGCCGGCGGGGCGUCGUCCGGUACGCCGGGCGAUCGGUUGGACGCGUCCAGCGACAGUGCCGUCAGCUCGAUGGGCUCCGAGCGCGUCCCCUCGCUGUCGGACGGUGAGUGGGGCGACGGGGGCAGCGACAGUGCGCAGGAGUACCACAAUGGCAAGUACGGCGGCCCGUACGACUACAGCUACAACCAAACGAAUGGCGCUGGCGGUGGUGGUGCUGGCGGGGCCGGUGGUGUCCCAUCGAGCCGGAUGGGCGAGCACGGACCCCGGCAGGGACCGCCCGUCGCCCAGAAGAAGCAUCACAUGUUCGCGAAGCGCUACUUCCAGGAGCAAAACACGUCGACCGUUCCGUCGAUUCAUCCGUCACCGAACGGCGGGACCGCCGGUACGGUCGGUGGUCCCCCCGGGCUCGAUGGCGGUGCUGCCGGUGGAGCGGCCGGCGGUGGCGCUGGUGCCACGGCGGCGGGCGUUCUACUCCCGACGGCCAUCAAGUACGAGUACGACUACAUGAACGUGGUCGGUCCGCAAACGGCCGCCGGUCCGACCAUUGGGCCACUGGAGGGUGCCGCCAAGCAGGAGGACCACCUGCAGCAUCACCAGCACGAGUCGUCGGCAGCGGCGGCGGCGGCUGCCGCGGCCGCCCUCACCGACAUGAAGUACCCGUACGGUAUCGAUUUCCCGCGCAGCCACCACUCGGCGGCGAUGGGGGGCCGGGGACCGCUGCAGCCCCAGGACAUGAUACACCACAACCACACGUACACGCUGCCGUUCGCCACGCCGAACGGGGGCGGCGGAGCGGUGGGCGUGCACCAGGGCCCGAAGCCACAGACGCGCGACAAAUCGCGCUCCUCGUCGCUGCACAGCCGCAAGGCGGAGGAGGAACACCUGACGCGGGACGAGAAGCGGGCGCGGGCGCUGCAGAUCCCCAUCCCGGUGCACGACAUCAUCAACCUGCCGAUGGACGAGUUUAACGAGCGGCUGUCCAAGUACGAUCUGAGCGAGACGCAGCUUUCCCUCAUCCGGGACAUCCGAAGGAGGGGUAAGAACAAGGUGGCGGCCCAGAACUGCCGCAAGCGCAAGCUCGACCAGAUCGUGACGCUCGCGGACGAGGUGAAGGACAUGAAGAUGCGCAAGGAGCGGCUGAUGCGCGACCGCGAGAUGGUGCUGUCCGAGCACAAGAAGAUACGCGACAAGUUUUCCAUGCUGUAUCGGCACGUGUUCCAGAACCUGCGCGAUGCCGACGGAAACCCUUACUCGCAGGAGCAUUACAGCUUGCAGCAGAGUGCGGACGGAGCGGUCGUGCUCGUGCCGCGCAACUCCGAACGACCGAACGGUGCCGGUUCGAACCAUCUCGGCGGCAACUCCUCCAACGGCACCGCCAACGGUGUUCAUCCCUCGCUGCACCAUUCGGGAGCGGCGGGCACGCACCACGCCGGCCAUCAUCAUCAGCACGGCCACGGUCAUCAUCAGCUGCAUCCGCAUCAUCAUCUGCAACACCACCACGGGCUUAUCGGCGGUGGAUCGGCCGCAAUGAACGGUUCCAUGAACGGAUCACUGGCGAUGGGCGGAGCCAGCAGCAACGGUGCAAGCGUAACGGGCAGUAACCACAGUAGUAGCAGCAGCAGCACCAGCAGCAGUAGUAGUGGGGUAGUAGGAGGUAGUGGAGGCAGCGUGCAGGGCAGUGGCAUGAACGGUACGGCUUCAGCAACGGCGGCCAUCGUGCACCAGCGCACCAAGGAGUAGUGUUUCCGGUAUCGGUGGCACUACUUCGACUGGUUUGAUUGCUCCAUUCUGCCGCCGUAACGAGGUGGUGGGAGGUGGAGGAGAAGGAAGAGGAAAGUGGAGGUGUAAUUCAAGCGGAAGAGUGUAUUGGUGACCCAUCCGCAGCCACCAUGGCCUCAUCAAAACACAGAGAAGAAAACAGUUCUGCGCGGAAUGCGGCAAUGCGUUUCUUUGUUUGUGUGCUGGAAAACAGUUUCGUGGCUCCCUCUGGUGGCCGUGCAUGGAGCCUUUUUUGUUUGGGUUGCUUGCGCAUCCGCAUCCUGCCCGCGCCAACACGUACACGCUCUGUAUGUGUACACGCGAGCGAUGGGAGGAUUUUUGGUGCUUUUCACACAACGAUCACACACCCUGAUUGAAGGUUUAAUAUCCGUAUGUGCUGUGCAUGAGAGAUAGGUAAUUGUUUCUGUUUUAAGGAAAACAUACACGUGGCAUUUAGCCGAAGAGCGUUGGUGGCAAGCAGGCCCGAUGAAAUUUUCAAACUUUUCACACAUCCUCAUCGUAACCACGUGCUAUUAGUGUGUGUGCUUUACGCAGGCCGUUUUACGCAGGAAUACACAAAGCCAACGAGCAAAGCGACACCUGGUGGUAGUGGAUGGAACUUAUCUUUAACGGAUAGAGGAUCGAACAAGGGUCCUUACCCUUUUUACCACCUCACACACACAAACACAGCUGGUAUCGGUGUAAAUAGUUCUAUAGUUACAAGCGGUGCUAACAGUUACAUGUGUGCUAAAAAUAGCUCGGUGGUCUCAUUUCCCACUUUGGCUGGGAGAGGGGUACGCACUUUUUACAUCGGCAGUGGGGUGGGUGUCCCCCCCCCCCCUUGCCAUUGCUAUCAUCCCCAACUGCUGUUAAGCAAGUUUCUCAGCAAAUCUUUAAUAUGCCUAUUUAUAUGAAGUAAAAAAAAUCCCGCCCCGUUAUUAAUGUUAUUAACAAACUAUUUAUGCUUAACUACUUGUACAUACACAUUCCCCGCCCUUUUCCCUUGGUCCCUUAUUCCGUGGAUUACUCCAUGGAUUGUUUUUUUUUUAUUUUCAUAUUUUUGUUUCCUUUUUUGUUGCUCCCAACUUGCCGGUAUUGAGUUUUGAGCUCAAAGUUUUACAAAGUUAGAAAGCGGUAUCCGGGCUGUUGAAUGCUUAGUAAAAAAACAGUUUAGUGUUUUUUUUUUUUGGUAAUAUUACCGCAGCAAAUGUAAAGCUAGCCGUACGGUAGUUUGCGUUACAGGGAAUAAUUGGCUUCGCCAGUCGAGAAAUGAUUGGCGGUAAUGGAUGGACUGAGUGGAUGCGCUACACAAUUGCGCAGUGCAUCGUGAAAAGUGGCUUGUGAUGGUGGCGUACUACGGCCGUACGAGAACCGUACAAGGGCUCGUCAAAGGAUAGACGAGGGUGAAUGUGUGCGCGGGCUCGUGCACUUAUUGAACCGUUCUGCUACUCUCUGAACAGUGCUAAAACGCUACUGCUAAUCCUACUGUACUACUACACAACAACCACUACUACUACUACUACUACUCUAAAUGCUGUGUUUGCUGAAUCGUACCCGACAACCGAUGUGAUGGAUAGUUUUGUUUUUUUUUUAUAUACAUUAAUAAUAUUAUUAGUUUUAUACACUUUUGUACAUAUACAUAUAUACAUUAACAUUAGAAUGCAGUAAGUGAAUACAAACCCGUAGCUUUCCAAUGUUGUAGUAAGAUAAUUUAGGCUGCCGGAAAGGAGGAGAAGGGGUGCAAUUGGAAUGAAAAAAAAAAAAGAUAAAUUGUAUGUAAAAUAAUAAGUGCAGAGGGACCGUAGGGGGGAGCGCGUAAAAGAACACGAGUUCGAGAGCUAGGGAAAAUAUUAUAUAUUGGGAAAAGUUGUAAAAUAAUAAAAACAAAAAAAACAAAACACAUGAAAGGCAGAGAUGCACUGAGUAAUGAUGCAAGUGGUGUGUGGUUGCUAAUUUACUUAGCGGUGGGGUUUUUACUUUAGUGAAGCUUUAAUAAUUAAGUGAGCGGUUAUACGUUGGACAAUGGGCAAUAUAUAGUGCAUCAGAAAGUAAAAACCAACCAAACAGAAAGCAAAAAAAAACAUACAAAAAGAAAAGACAGAAAAAUGUUUAAAAAAAAACAAGAUGGUUCUGUGGUUUCACUAAAGCGAAAUGGAAUGAUAACUCCGCUAAUGAACUGUUUCUUUCGUUGCGUUUCUGCAUCUCUAUUGAUAUGCAUACACGCAUGCGCGCAUGAUCGUGUGGUUGAUACGGCCACACUACGGCGUAAUACGCAUGGCGCAAUAUGCGCCAAACUCACACAUCGAAGGAUGCUAGCAGGACGCGUUAGCUCAUUUGCUGCGAUGCUGGCUGAGGUUGGAAUCAUCGCGCAGCUGGUGGAUGUUAAACGUAAUUGGUGUAAAAUGUACCAAAUAUGUCUAUGCUGGAGCAAUGUUGCGGGCAUAUUAUUUGCGCACUUGCUGCGCGCGGACGCCUGUAACAAUUGCGGCAACAGCUGCAGUAGCUUUGUUUCUGCUUUCCUUAAUUACGUUUCACCUUUAGGCUUUGGUUGUUCUUGUGUAAGCUUUGGAUUGUGGUGCAAACACGAAAUCUAUCUAAGAGUAGGAAUGGAGAAAUCUAACUAUCUGACUUUGUUGUGUACAUAAGUAAAGUGAAAAAUAAAAGGAAUAUAAGACUCAAAUAAAA